AGCAAGAAGCACGCACCGACGCAACAAGAACGCAGGCACAAGACAAGAGAAUGGUCACAGAACGAGACAUAGACACAGAGAGUGGGGGUGGUCUUUUAGUUUAAUUAAUUAAAUUAUAUUUUAAGUGCUCACAAAUACAAAGAAAAAAAAAAACGGUAGAAGCGGACGAGGAAGUCCGUGCUGGCAAAAGAUUCCCUCAUUCACUCACUCGCUUGUUUUCUUCCCCAGCUAUUCUAAUACUACUACUACUACUGUUUUUGAGUAAUUGGAAGGUGGUUGUGGAAUUUAUGGGGUGUGCCAGCUCGAAGCUGGAUGAUCUUCCAGCGGUGGCGCUAUGCCGUGAGCGGUGUACCUUUCUCGACGAAGCAAUUCACCAACGCUAUGCACUCGCCGCAGCUCACAUCGCUUACAUCAACUCUCUCAAGGCAAUUGGCCACUCUUUAAAUGUUUUCAUUCAUCAAGAUAGGGAUUUCGCUGCUUCUUCACCACUCUCUUCACUUUCAUCAUCACCGUUACACUCACCACCUCAUAAGCCUGCAAAACACAAUAACGCCGCCUCUCUUCCUCAUCACUCCGAUUCCGAUUCCGGUUCACAUCUCCAUUUCCACUCUGAUUCCGACGACAUCCCUUCCCUUCAUCAUUCCACCAAUUCCUCUCCUAUGCAUCUCGAUAUGCCACACAUGAAUAAUUAUUAUGAGAAUUCUGAAUCACAAUCAGAUUAUCAUCAUCAUCAGCAGCAGCAGCAGCAGCAUCACCUUCCCUCUAAUCUUCACAUGAAUUUCAUGAGGAAUAAACCCACUUCUUCAAUUGUCUACGAGCAGAGACCUAUGAGCCCUGACAAUGUUUAUGUCGGUGAGUCAUCUUCCUCUUCUUCCUAUUACCCUUACCCUUCUUAUCCUUCUUAUUCUUCUUAUCCUCCUCAACCUUAUGAUCCCUAUUCAAAUCCUCCUCCCUUUUACGGAUCCUCCUCGCCCUACCGCCAACCUCCUCCUCCAACCACCGCCUCAAAACCCCCUCCUCCGCCUCCUGAACCAAAGGCUUCCACUUGGGAUUUUCUCAACUUUUUCGGUAACGAUGAUGACAAGGACUAUGCUCAACCUCAACCUUACUCUAACUUCACAUUCACACCGAGCCGCGAUUCGAAGGACUUGAGAGAAGAGGAGGGGAUACCCGAUUUGGAAGAUGAGGAUUACCAGCACGAAGUGGUCAAGCAGGUCCAUGGGGAUCAAAAGCUCGUCGAGCCUCAUCACGAAGCCUCCCGCGCCGCCGCCGCAGCCGCCGCCGACAAUGACCAUGGACAUGGGGUCGAAUACGAGGUGCAUGUGAUGGACAAGAAAGUCGUUGAUGAAGAUGAUGACAGGGCCAAGUCCAAGGAGCACGCUGCAUUCCGAGGAGGACCAAGGGGUUCUCGGAAUCCCCUUGAGGUUGCCAAAGAGAUUCAGCUUCAGUUUCAGAGGGCUUCUGACUCUGGUGUCGAAAUCGCCAAGAUCCUUGAGGUGGGAAAGCUUCCCCAUAAUCGAAAGCAUGGAGCUUAUCAAGCAGCUUCUUCCAAGAUGUUACAUGUAGUUGUUCCCUCAUUGUCCAUGGUGUCUUCGCAACCUUCUACUUCUAAAAGUGCCGAAUCCGCGUCCACCAAUGACAUUGCUGCUCCUGGUAAUCUGGAUUUUGAUGUUGAUCUAGCAACGAGGUCACGCAAUCUUUCGUCUACUCUGCAGAAGCUAUAUCUUUGGGAGAAGAAACUCUUCAAUGAAGUUAAGGCUGAGGAAAAGAUGCGGGUCAUGCAUGAUAGAAAGUGUCACAAGCUGAAACGUUUGGAUGAAAGGGGUGCUGAUUUUCAUAAAUUUGAUUCAACUCGAACUUUGAUUAGGGAUCUGUCCACAAAAAUAAGAAUGGCAAUUCAGGUUGUUGAUAAGAUUUCUAUGACAAUAAAUAAGAUAAGGGAUGAAGAGCUGUGGCCGCAGCUGAAGGAAUUAAUCCAUGGGUUGACCAGAAUGUGGAAAUCCAUGCUUGAAUGCCAUCAUUCUCAGCGUGAAGCAAUUAGAGAAGCCAGAAUUCUGGGUCCAGUUGGAUCCAGGAAGAGGAGCGGUGACAGUCAUCUUGAAGCUACCAAGCAUCUUGAACAAGAGCUUAUAAAUUGGACCUUCCAAUUCUCUGGCUGGAUAAGUGCCCAGAAAGGUUAUGUAAGAGCAUUGAAUAGUUGGCUGCUGAAAUGUCUCCUGUAUGAACCUGAAGAAACACCUGAUGGCAUAGUCCCCUUUUCCCCUAGUAGGAUUGGUGCCCCCCAAAUAUUUGUGAUAUGUAAUCAGUGGUCCCAAGCUUUGGAUAGAAUAUCUGAAAAGGAAGUUGUUGAUUCGAUGCAUGUAUUUACCAUGAGUGUGCUGCAGAUAUGGGAACAAGAUAAGCUAGAAAUGCAUCGGCUGGUGAUGCAGAACAAGGAUCUUGAGAGAAAGGUGAGAAAUAUAGAUAGAGAUGACCAGAAGCUGCAGAAGCAAAUUCAGGCAUUAGAGAGGAAGAUGGUUCUGGCAUCUGGGGAAGGUAAGGGUAUCUCAGUUUCUGAAAACAUCAUAUAUCAGAGUAACAAAAGCAGUAGUCUACAAGCUAGUUUGCAGCGCAUUUUUGAGGCCAUGGAGAGAUUUACUGAUGAAUCUGUGAAAGCUUAUGAGGAGUUGCUUCAACGGAGUGAAGAAGUAAGUGCUGCUCGAGAUCAGGAAAGAGUUUCAUAGGUUGGUGUAGUUUGAUGGAAGUUGGAAUUAUAUCUUUUCGAUUUGCCAAGAAUCACUUGUUGAUCUCCUGCAACUUGCCAAGAAUUUUGGGAGGAGGGGUUGGGUUUGACUUCUCAUCUCAUCUGGUAUAUUUUGAAGAAAGAGUCUAGCAAAGAUCUUCCUCUACACUAAGCCGCAUUUGGUACUUUAGAUGCUGGCAUGGGACUGUAGAGUUUCUUGUUAGACAAGAGAGAUAUAUUUUGGGGUUCCGAAGUGUGAGGCCUGAGGCGUACAAUUGCUUUUUGGGUACUCAGCACUAUAAAGCUACAAGGAAGUUGUGCUGAUAUAUUGGUUUGAGCUACUAAAAGACAGAGGAGCCGACAAAUUUAACACCUAAAUGAUCCUUCUUUCUGCAUUAGAAAAUAAAAAUACAUAUUUAGAUGAAGGACGGAAAUUAAGGUACUUAACCCAGCAAGUCUGGUGAAGUUCUGAUGAUAGAAGGGUGCUCAAACUGAAGCAGUAUCAUGAGCAUACAAAUGGGAAAUUUUUUAUGAUGAGCAUUGGAAGGAGUCUCUCUCGCAUGAUAAACAUAGCUGUCUGUCGGAGUGACGUAAGUCACUGAAUGCGUGGGUAUUAUUAGUUCCUGUAUAAAAUUAUGUUCCCUCCAUGAAAAUAUUCGUUUUUUUUUUAGUUUAAUUAUUGUACAGAUUACCUGUUGACACUGAGCAAGC